CCACACCCAGGCGUGGCCACUUAUAUAGUGUGGUGUCCAGGGUGGUGCCAGCAGUGUUCCUCAGCUCUCUGAUCAUCACACAACAUGAAGACUGUGGCUCUGUUGCUCCUGGUGGUGGUGGCAGCAUGGGCGAGCCCUCAGGGUUACGGUGCCCCUACUUCUGGAGGGCAGGAUUACCAGUCUGGCCCCGCUGUGUACAACUUCCAGUGGGACGUCAACGACUCUCCCUCAAGCAACUUCUACGGCCAGAAUGAAGAUAGAGACGGAGACAACACCCAGGGCAGUUACUACGUCCAGCUCCCCGGUAAUCGUCAACUGAAGGUGGACUAUACCGUCGACGAGUUCGGCUUCCACCCCGUCGUCACUUAUGGGUCUGGUGGCCAGGGCUCAGGUGGCCAGGGAUAUCAGUAACCUGCCGCAACACUAAUAAACUCUUCCUUCAUUAUAAUUAUCAAACAUGAUCUCCAAAAGCUGUUAGUUCAGCUCUCUAUUUUGUUCCAAUAUUCAUCCCAGCUUUUUUAAACUUAUUUUUUUAUACGCUGUUAUAAAAUGUUUGCCUGGUGUUAAUAUCCUUUUGUUUUAACCAGUUAUUCACCCCAUCAGUUUUAACACAUCAUGUAAAUUUCACUUUUAACUUAAACUGUGAUAUUACUGACUUGUGUUUCUUCCCGAAAUUCCCGUAUCAAGUCAAGUCCUACCUACUGACCCACUCAUCAGAAGGACAACACCACUGUACUACUCUGUGAUGGACUUCAUAGCCACAAGAUUCACUCUGAGCUCCUCACUCCCUCCUUAGCGGGAUAUAACACGGUCCAGGGAUUCCCUUAUGUCUGGUCAAUUACUAAGUUUCUUGUAUGUAAAUCCUCUUGUUCACUGUUUUGAUUCGGCUUCCAUAAACGUGUUAAGUGUGUGUACUGUGUGUGUGUGUGUGUUGUAGUCCCUGUAAACCAUCAUGGUGAACACUGGAAGAAUGUUAACAAAUAUAUCAUUAAUAUAUUA